AUGAAUUAAAUGCAAUUUGAUGCUCUAUGUCAUGAUUGCUGUUAUUCUUAAUCUGUUGAAGUAUUGUACAUUAUUAUUUCUAUAGAAAAAAUAAAUAGCAGAUUAAACCAUUUAUCAAUUCAUAGAAGAUAUCAGAAAUAUCGAUGGAUUGUAUUAAAUUAUUAGCAGUACUCAAUCAGGCUCUACAUUAUUUGUCAUUUCUGAAUUCAUAGCUAAAAUUAUUGUUUCAGAAAGAUAAUUCAAAGGAUUUUAGGUUGGUGAACGUUCCUCUAAAGAAGUUCAAAUUAUAGUAGGUUAAUGUUAUACAGGUGAUGAAGUUGAGAUUUUAUAUUAAAAAUGUAGAGUAUAUGAAACUUUGGUUACAUUAUUCUGUUAAACUUUGUAGAGGGAAUUAGCAAUUCAUGAACAAAAUUCCAUUUGUAAUCUUGUAGGAUUGUUAAUUUAAUAAAUAAUGAUGUUGAGUGGAACUUAAUUUAUGAAAUUCUAAGACAGAUUAAAUAUAUUUUUUGAAGGAAAUUAAAUCUAUAAUCUUAGUAUUGGUUUGAAAUUGAUAUAAAAUGUAAUACAAAAUAUCCAACAAUAUUCAUCAUAUGAUUCUUAUGUUUCUUAUAGAAGGAUUAUGUUUGGAUUUUAGAAUUAAGAAAUAUUUAAUUGUUUUGAGAUAGUUUGUAGAAUUGUUAAAAACAGUCCUCCUCAAUUAUAUAAAUAAUCUCUAAGUACAUUAAAGGAUAUUUUAAUGUUUAAUUUUAAUGUGAGUUAUUUUGAAUUAGAAUCUGAUUUUGAUCCCAAUGACUAAAAUAAUGUUAGUGUAAGAAUAAAUCUAUGACUUUUAGUUUCCAGAUAAAUUUGCUGAGUACUUUACAGAUUAAUAAUUUUUAGAGUUAUUGUUUAAGAUAGUAGAGACAUAUAGUAAUAAAGAUAGUUCUUUGGCAUUAUUGGCUUUGAAAUCAUUAAAAAGAAUGGCAUCAUCUAAAAAAAGGAUAUUUGUAAAUAAAGAAAAAAAGAGAUUAUUUGCAAAAGAGUUAUAUGCUGGUUGUACAUAUUUAUUUUUAAAUGUGUAAUAAGCAAAUGAAGAAAUUAUAAGUGAUAUCUUAGAAUUAAAUACAAAAUUAAAUAAUUGUUUUGGUCUUAGAUAAAUUCGUUUUGAUUUUGCAUUUAGUUAAAAAUGGCUUUAUUGUUUAUAAACAUUUUGUAUUUAGAUUCUGUAGAAAUAAAUGAAAAUUAAAGAUCCUCAUAUGUAUUAGAUGAUAGAAUUAAUGAAAAGAUUACUUAAAUUUAUAUCUGAUUUUAAAUUAGAUACUACUUUUAAAACCUCUAUAUCUUAAACAAUAACUGAAAUAGGAAAAUCAAUUAUUCAUCUAUUAUUAAAUUCUUAGAACUCUUUCUUCCAAGGUUACACUCCUCAAAAUCAUAAGAAAUUGAAAAAUACUCUUAAAGAAUUCUUUGAAAAUUUAUUUCCAAUCUUAUCUAUUGAUUUGAGUAAUCAUAUUAAAAUGAUAUAUCAUUCAUUUAAAAAUGCUGCUUAAGAUUAAGAGAAAUUCAUAAUAGAAUUAAGUUUAAUUAAUUAUAUAGUGAUUAAUCCAUUGAUUUUAGAUAGAUCCACUGAAGAUAUCAUUUAAAUGGUUUAGACUGUCAUAAGAGAAUCUUUGUAAUUCUUAUCAAUCCCUCAAAAUAAUCUACCACCUUUGGUAAUUAUGUCAGCAAUGUCUUUGGCUGAUAAUCUGUUUUAAUUUGCAUUAAGUGAGUCAGAUGAAUCAAUAGGAAGACAAAGAUCCAAUAAAAUCUUUUUUGAUACUUGCAUAAAACCAAUAUAAAUGUAACCAUAAUAGGCAACUAAUCAGUUACUUUAAUAUAUUGUUAUGCAAUUGUAAAUUCAAAAUAAAGAAAUAAUUGAAUAUGCAUUAAUAAUAAUGAAGGAAACCAUUGUUAGACUAAAACAUCAUCUAUAUAAUGAUUCAUUUUAGUCUUCAAAUGUAGUCACAUAAAUUAAGAGUGUUUUACUAAAUCUAAAGAAUUCAGCCUUACAAUAGGAAUAGUUUUUUAGUUGCCGUACUUUGGCAUCAGAAAUUAUAUCUAUACUUUUAUUUGAUUCAGCUUAUGAAAAUUAUAUAGAAUCAAUUGUAUAAUUGAACUAACUCUUAACAAUUCAACCAACAUCUCAAUCUAUUCAAAUAUAUCUAUAUGAAAUGUUAGGUUAUUUCAAACAUGUUGAUGUGAGUAAGAUUUUUAGAUUAUUGAUAAAAUAACAUUUAUUAAAAAUUGCUGAUUUGACUAGAUUUAUUUUAAUUGAUAAUCCUUAGUAAUUUUAGCUUUGUAAAUUAUGUUUGAAAUUGAUGGUGGCAAUAACUGAAAAUAAAAGUCUCAGAUUUUAAUACCAUUGUUCUUCAAUUGUCUAAAUAGAAUUAGUUCGUACAUUUUAAGGAAUAUUGACUAAUUAUGUACAACAUCUAAUAGUUGCCAUUUAGAAUGAUAAAGUCAAAUAAGAAUUUUCAGCUUAAAUCUGUAGAUUGGUUGGACUAGUAUACAAAGUUAUGAAUAAUAUUCUAAAAGGGAAAUACAUAUCUCAAGCUUGUUAAUUACUCUUUGCAGAUCGUAAGUACUUAGAUCUUCUCAUAGCUAUUUUAGAUAUUACUCAUAAGAUAUCCAAUUACAUUAUUGUAAAUACUUAUUUAAUAUAUUUAGCUUUAUAAUAAGUCUUGUGUAUAAAUGAUUCAAGUUCUUCAAGUUGUUAGUUCACAAUAAUUAUAAUUGUUUGAAUUAAGUCCACAGUCUUUGUCAACAUUGCUGAGCAUAGUAGAAAAUCUAUAGAAACAUCUAUUGCAGCAAUUGUCUUAAGAAUAUAAAACUUAAACUACUUCCUCAUAUCUAUAAUCAACAGAUAAGAUUUCAUUAGAUCAAACAACAGAUAUUGUAAUUUCAACUUUAGAGUUUGUUUCAGAGGAACAGCAACUUACAUAGUUAGGAGUGAUUCAGUCAUUUGUUUUACCUCUUGAUCCAAUCAUUGAUAAUAUUUUGAAUGAUUUAAUUGUCUGUUUAAUCUAAGGCAAAUGUUCUCAAUAAACAUUUAGUAAAAUAAAUAGAUAACUCUUUGCCAUCAUGUGUACAUAUUAUCAAAAUUUUGUUAAAGUAUUGAGUAGAUAAUUUGUGAAAUCUGAAUAAUAAUUAGGUUAGGCAUUGAUUAAUGUUUUAACAAGAGAUUUAGAACUUAGAAUCAAAUAAUAAAAUGAGGAAUAGUUUAAAAAGAAUAUGCCCUUAUUUUUAUCUUAAUUUGGAAUAUUAUGA